AUGGCGGGGCCUCGCGGUCAGCCCUGGGGGCCGACCCCCGGCUGGGCCAGCCCAAGAAGACACAAGUUGCGGAGUUUUUCCUCCGGGCGGCAGGCAGGUCCCGCUGGCGCGCCACUCCUGGCGCGCGGGGACCCCGCGGAGGCGCGGACGCAGCGCCCACCGCCCUUUCCCGGGCGAAAGCGGCGCCCGCCACCGCGCGCCCCCGGGAAAAUCCGGCUGCCGCCCAGGCGGAGGGAUCCCGUCGCCUCCGCGUCCCUCCCGCGCCCAAGGACCACCCGCACGGAACGCGCCUCCACCAAUCGCCGGGAUCGAGCCAAGGCACGAGCAACUCGGGGUGAGUUCAGCCUUCUCGAGAAACUCUCCGCGGGACGCUCCCCUCCGCCGCCAUCCGGCCGUCCGCUCCCGCCGAGGGUUCCCAGCGUCCAAGCGGCCCGGACUUGCCUUCGGGGACUUGCGGGACCGGGGCCGAGCCGCGACCACCGCCUGGUGGGUGGCCCGAGUCAGGGACCGAGAGCUGCUGCGGCCGCAGCCAGAGCUUCACUGCCGCCGCGGCGCAGGUCCCGCCCCCGAGUUUGGCCCCUCCCCGGGACCGCCCCGCCCCGCCUCGCCCACUCUGUGUCCACCCGGCUCCGCCUGAGUCUUCCGGCCCGCGCGCGCUGCGCCCGCCCGCCUCUGGGUAGCCAAUGUGCGCACCUGAGCGCGGUGCAGCCGGUGGCUGGGGAUGACCAGCAGGUGGCCAGAGGCGGCGCCGGCUGCAGCAGGCAACCUGCAGGAGGGCGGGUCGUGACCAGGGAGCACAGAAUGAGGACCCGCGGGGKCCCUGUCGCGGUGCAGUUCACCGAGCCCUGCGUCGCUCCCAGAGGGUCUCCACGGCGGAAUCUUGAUCUGACCGCUUAA